AUGCGGUCGAGCAUUGUCUUGCUGGAAACCGAGGUUAUGACGUCUGAGAAGUGGAAGGAAGGACAUUUGGUUGGAGGAUGUGGUCUCUGUAUCGAACGGCAUUACGGUUUCGAUCCAGGACCAUUAAGGGGGAUUUUAUUCCAUAGAAGAUGCCUCUCCAAAUCAUUACAGAAGCUUCACCUAAUUUACCGCUUUCAACCACGCAUGCGUCGCCGAAACGCUCACCGCGUGCCCACUAUACAAUAUACAAGACCCCACCCCUCUCCCACCCCUCUCCCACCCCAUCUCUCACCCACCCCUCUCUCACACCAUCUCUCACCCUCCCCUCUCCCACACCAUCUCUCACCCUCCCCUCUCCCACCCCAACCCUCUCCCAUCCCAUCUCUCAACCUCCCCUCUCCCACCCCACCCCUCACCCACCUCAACUCCCACCCCAUCUCUCAUCCCAACUCUCACCCUCCCCUCUCCCACAGAACAUCUUACCCACCCCUCUCCCACCUCAUCUCUCACCCACCCCUCUCCCACCACAUCUCUCACCCAUCCAUCUCCCUACCCAUCUCUCACCCUCUCCUCUCCCACCCCACCCCUCUCCCACCUCAACUCCCAUCCCAUCUAUCACCCAUCCCUCUCCCAUCCCAUCUCUUACCCACCCCUCUCCCUACCCAUCUCUCACCCUCUCCUCUCCCACCCCACCCCUCUCCCACCCCAUCUCUCACCCGCCCCUCUCCCACCCCAUCUCUAACCCAUCCCUCUCCCACCCCAUCUCUCACCCUAACUCUAACCAACCCCUCUCCCACCCCAUCUCUCACCCCAACUCUCAACUACCCCUCUCCCAACCCCUCUCUCACCCAUCCCUCUCCCACCCCAUCUCUCACCCUCCCCUCUUCCACCAUCUCUCAUCUCUCACCCAUCCCUCUCCCACCCCAUCUCUCACCCACCCCAACUCUCACCCAUCCCUCCCCCACCCCAUCUCUCACAAUCCCCUCUACCAACCCAUCUCUCACCCAUCCCUAUCCCAACCCAUCUCUCACCCUCUCCUCUCCCACCCCAUCUUUCAUCCACCCCUCUCCCAUCCCUCCCCCACCCCAUCUCUCACCAACCCCUCUCCCAACCCAUCUCUCACCCACCCCUCUCCCACCACAUCUCUCACCCAUCUCUCACCCUCUCCUCUCCCACCCCACCCCUCUCCCACCUCAACUCCCACCCCAUCUAUCACCCAUCCCUCUCCCACCCCAUCUCUCACCCUCCCCUCUUCCACCCCAUCUCUCAUCCAUCCCUCUCCCACCCCAUCUCUCACCCCAUCUCUCACCCACCCCAACUCUCACCCCAUCUCUCACCCAUCCCUCCCCCACCCCAUCUCUCACAAACCCCUCUCCCAACCCAUCUCUCACCCAUCCCUAUCCCAACCCAUCUAUCACCCCAACUCUCAACUACCCCUCUCCCAACCCCUCUCUCACCCAUCCCUCUCCCACCCCAUCUCUCACCCUCCCCUCUUCCACCCCAUCUCUCAUCCAUCCCUCUCCCACCCCAUCUCUCACCCACCCCAACUCUCACCCCAUCUCUCACCCAUCCCUCCCCCACCCCAUCUCUCACAAACCCCUCUACCAACCCAUCUCUCACCCAUCCCUAUCCCAACCCAUCUCUCACCCUCUCCUCUCCCACCCCAUCUUUCAUCCACCCCUCUCCCAUCCCUCCCCCACCCCAUCUCUCACCAACCCCUCUCCCAACCCAUCUCUCACCCACCCCUCUCCCACCACAUCUCUCACCCAUCUCUCACCCUCUCCUCUCCCACCCACCCCACCCCUCUCCCACCUCAACUCCCACCCCAUCUAUCACCCAUCCCUCUCCCACCCCAUCUCUCACCCUCCCCUCUUCCACCCCAUCUCUCAUCCAUCCCUCUCCCACCCCAUCUCUCACCCACCCCAACUCUCACCCCAUCUCUCACCCAUCCCUCCCCCACCCCAUCUCUCACAAACCCCUCUCCCAACCCAUCUCUUAUCCAUCCCUAUCCCAACCCAUCUAUCACCCUCUCCUCUCCCACCCCAUCUUUCAUCCACCUCUCUCCUAUCCCUCCCCCACCCCAUCUCUCAUCAACCCCUCUCCCAACCCAUCUCUCACCCAUCCCUCUCCCAACCCAUCUCUCACCCACCAUAA